AGGUCCCAGGGUGGGCAGAGCUGCGCCCAUGGUGGCAGAGAAGAUGUCAUCAUCCUAGGCUUCUUGCUUCCUGUGUCUGUUCAGGAAGGAAACUGUGCAAACAGCUAUGCAGGCAAGUCAAAUGUCAGAGCAGAGCCUCAGCCUGCAGGUUCCAGGGACAGAGUGGGGCCAGGAGAGAACAGUGGUCACCUCCUGCCCUGCCCUCUCUUUCCUGAGAGCCCAACACUGGAUCUUGGUUUAAGGAGAAGGGGCGCUAUGGACGUAGAUUUCGUAUACCUGCUUUGCCUGGGGCUGUGCCUGUGCAACGGCGAUGAGGAAGAGAAGGAGGAACUUCCCAGGCCUUCCCUCAGUGCCUGGCCCAGCUCUGAGGUCAAGUGCAAGAGCAACGUCACUCUCCGAUGCUGGACUCAUUUCCAGAAUGUUACAGUCACUCUGGGAAAGUUGCACAACUCUGGGUACCAGCGAGAGCUGAGAUCAGCGGGAAAGGAGGCUGAGUUCCACCUCACUAACCUGCAGCCUGAAGAUGCUGGGGGCUAUUUCUGUGCCUACAGGACAGCAGCGUCCCACAGGUGGUCAGGAAAGAGUCAGCACUUACAGCUGGUGGUCACAGACGGAGCGGGACGAGGCGGAGAAAAUCCUCCCAGACCAUCCAACAGCAAACUCAUCUUCCUUACCACCUUCAGCUGCCUCAGCAUCUCUCUCCUCUUUGUCUCCGUCUACUUCAUCUACAGAUGCACUCAGCAAGGUUCAUCACAUGAAGAGCCCCCCAAGAGUGACAUUGAACGAUCAGGCGUGUAAAUGUGAACACAGAGCCAGCCGUGGUGAAUGACACCUGGGACCCAACACUCAGGAGGCUGAAGCAGAAGACUGUGACUUUGAGGUCACACCCGAGCUGCAUGCCGAGAGCAUAUGUCAACACACGUACACCACAGACACUUACACGCAGACACAGACACACACACACACAAACACACACAUACACACAGACACAUGCAGACACACACGGACACAUGCA